AUGGUGCCCCAAUGCGUGAAGAAAUCGGAGGAAGCGCUGCUGAAGGCUCAAAAGACUGCCGCCCACAGGGUCACCAGGUGCUACAGGACGGUGUCGGACAUGGCGUCGUUAGUCCUAGCGAAAAUGCCUCCAGCUUUUCUCCUGGCUACAUCGAGGAAGAAGAUGGCAGAGUCCAAGAAAUCCGGCAACGUCCUGUCCAAGACGGAAGCCACGAGAGAAGUGAUCGGUCAGUGGCAAGCGGUUUGGGAUUCCACUGCGAAGGCCGCGUGGACCAAACAGCUGAUACCGGACCUGGCGAUAUGGUGGUAUCGGGGACCGAGCCAAGUGAGCUUCCAUAUGGCUCAGGCGCUCACGAACCACGGAUGCUUCCAAAAAUAUUUAUGGAAGAAGGCGAGGGCACAGAGUCUAGCCUGCACCCACUGCACGGUGGAAGAAGACGACGCCGAGCACAUGAUUUUCGGUUGUCCCUUCUGGGAAGAGGCGAGACGUGAUGAAGGUUGA